CCAGCUCCCUGUAUUUUACCCUAAUAUUGCUUUUCCCAGGAGAAGAUCUGAUUGCUCACCGGGGUUUCUCAGUGGCACAGCUUGAGACAGCGUCAGCUUUCAGAGUGGAUCUCCUUGCAGCUCUCACUGACACCGCUGCUCCCAGGUGUCCAACCUUCCUCCCGUGUUUGGGUUUCCAGGAGCCUUCACCCCAAUGCUGGCUAAGAAGAAGCCCUUCACCAGUGCCAUCGUCGGGGCGCUGGUGGCACUCUCCAUCAUCGCCCUGGUUCUCAGCCUGGUGAGGGUUGAAGAUGUCACGCUGCCACCCACGGUCAAGUAUGGGAUGGUGUUUGAUGCGGGCUCAUCCCACACCUCCCUGUUUGUCUACGAGUGGGAUUCAGACAAGGAGAACGACACGGGAGUGGUCAGCCAGACCCUGUCCUGCGAUGUGCAGGGGCAAGGCAUAUCAAGCUAUGCCAGCAAUCCCCCUGAGGCUGGCAAUUCCUUAAGGGAGUGCCUGGAUAAAGCCCUGCAGGUUGUUCCUGCUGAGAAGCAGAGGGAUGUCCCCGCCUACCUCGGAGCAACGGCUGGCAUGAGGCUACUGAGGGAACAGAACAGCUCAGCAGCAGAGCAAGUCCUGGCCGAGGUUGCUAAAACCAUGCAGGAGUACCCUGUGGCUUUCAAAGGGGCUCGAAUCCUUACAGGAGAGGAGGAGGGGGCUUAUGGCUGGAUCACCAUCAACUACCUGCUGGACUCCUUCACCAAGUACUCCCCCAGAGCACACGCGUGGCUUCGUCCGGAGGCAGCCAACAUUUUUGGGGCACUGGACCUUGGAGGAGCAUCCACUCAAAUCAGCUUUAUGCCCGAAGGUUCAGCAAUGAGCCAGAAUGAAGCUUCUGAGUUCACCCUGUAUGGGUACAGCUACAACAUCUACACCCACAGCUACCUCUGCUACGGGCAGAACGAGAUGCUGAAGCGGCUGGCGAAGGAAUUAAUUGUGGAGUCGUUCCCCAGCACACGAGUCCACCACCCCUGCUACCCAAAGGGCUACAACGAGACCGUCUCGGUGUCCUCCUUCCACGCCAGCCCCUGCACCGAGGGCAGCCACCCGCGCCUGCCCCUGGGCGACAGCAGCGUCACCCUGGAGGGCAGGGGCAACGCCAGCGGGUGCCUGGCAGCCCUCAGGAAGCUGUUCAACUUCUCGGCGUGUGGCCAGAGCCAGGACUGCACCUUCGACGGUGUCUACCAGCCCCCGCUGCGGGGGCAGUUCAUUGCCUUCUCUGCCUUUUACUAUAACUUCAAGUUCCUGAACCUGACGGAGGGGCAGCCGCUGGCCGUGGUCAGAGAGGCCAUCGAGGGGCUCUGCACCAGGAGCUGGGAGGAUCUGUCUUCCAGCUACCCCAAAGAGAAUCCCAAGCGACUGCCUAAAUACUGUGCCAACGCCAACUACAUCCUCACACUCCUGCUCAAUGCGUACAAGUUCAACGAGACCAGCUGGAACAACAUCUUCUUCCAGAUGAAGGCGGGGAGCUCCGACGUGGGCUGGACGCUGGGGUACAUGCUGAACCUCACCAACAUGGUCCCGGCCGAGGCUCCAGCCAGGGUGAAGGGGCACAGGCCUUCCCUGUGGGCUGCGGCCGUCAUCUUCAUCAUCCUCACCCUCGUCUUGGGGCUCGCUGCCCUGCUCCUGCUGCUGUGGGUGUAGGAGCCUGGCCGUGUCUGGGAGCCCAGCGGGAUCAGACCAGGGCUGCAGGGCCGUGCUGGAGUCCCCAGUGCAGGACUGGCAGCCUGGGGCUGGCUCUGUGCUGCUGAGCACAUUCACCUCUACAGCUCCAGAGCACUGGGGUCUGCUUUUCCAUGGGGCUGGCCCCCAGCACGCAGACAGGCACUCUCUGAGGUUUCCAGAGGAGCUCCACUCCCAUGGACACCCAAUGGGAUCAGCCUGCAGAAGCCUCAGCCAAGCCUGUGUGCCUCCUGUCACCGCUCUGCGUGUCACAGACACGGCUCCAUCCCACCGGCCUGGCCGUGGGGCUGUGGAGAGCCAGCCUGGCCGUGGGGCAGUGCCCCAGUGCCAGCCUGGUGGGGCACAGUGCAGGCACCUGGGGACAGGGGGCUCCAUGCAGUGCCGGUGUGACCACGGUCACCAACAGCCAGGCGGGUCCCUGCCAGCCUGAGGGACGCUCUGGGGUCCCUGUGGGGCUGAUGUGGAGAUGGGCUUGGAGAGAGAAGGAAAACUGAGCACCCAAAGUCAGAAGUGUGGUCCACGCCCCUCCAGAGAGUCCAUCUCAUCUCAUCAUCUCAUCAGCUUGUCAUGUCAUCUCAUCCCAUCAUCACAUCUCACCCCUCACCUCAUCAUCUUCCUUUUCGCCUGGAAUAAAGGGAUUGAAGCUC